AGAAAACGUAGAACGGUCUCUCCGUUUGGAUUUGGACUCUCGACAACACAGCCACGCAAAAUUCUCCUCCUCCUCCUCCUCUGCUAUUAAAAGGGCCGCAGCCUGCCACAGUCGCUGUCGCUCAAAUCAACGUCUCCUCCUCCUCCCUCAUCAGGAACCAGCCAGAACAAAGAAGGCGGAGCCGCAGCCGGGCACGUCAUUUCAGAGGGGACAAAACGCAAGAAGAAGAGAGAAAUUAAAGCUCCCGAGAUACGGCCAUGGAUGAUGCUACACGGAGAGCAGGGCAAUGGCGAGGGGACGGCGAGGAAGAGGAGGGCCGGCGCGUGGGGCUGCUGAACGGCGACGCGGCGAAGAAGCAGGACUGGCAGGUGGUGUCCACCGUCGCCGGCGCCGAUGAGGACGGGGCCAGGCUCGGGACGAGGGUGUGGGAGGAAUCCAAGAAGCUGUGGGAGAUCGUGGCGCCGGCCAUCUUCAGCCGCGUAGUGACCUUCAGCAUGAACGUCAUCACGCAGGCCUUCGCGGGCCACAUCGGCGACCUCGAGCUCGCCGCCAUCUCCAUCGCCAACACCGUCGUCGUCGGCUUCAGCUUCGGCCUCAUGCUUGGCAUGGCGAGCGCGCUGGAGACGCUGUGCGGGCAGGCGUUCGGCGCGAAGAAGUACCACAUGAUGGGCGUCUACAUGCAGCGGUCCUGGAUCGUGCUGUUCGCGUGCGCCGUGCUGCUGCUGCCCAUGUACUUCUUCGCCGAGGACGUGCUCCUUCUGGCGGGGCAGCCGCCGGAGCUGUCCGCCAUGGCCGGGCGCGUCUCCAUCUGGUUCAUCCCGCUGCACCUGAGCUUCGCCUUCCUGUUCCCGCUGAACCGGUUCCUGCAGUGCCAGCUGAAGAACUUCGCCAACGCCGCGGCCUCCGGUGUGGCGCUCGUCGUCCACGUCUUCGUCACCUGGCUCUUCGUCAGCAGGCUCCAGUUCGGGCUCGUCGGCAUCGCGCUCACGCUCAACUUCUCCUGGUGGGCCACCGCCGCCAUGCUCUUCGCCUACGUCUCCUGCGGCGGAUGCCCCGACACGUGGCAGGGCUUCUCCUUCGAGGCGUUCGCCGACAUCUGGGAGUUUGUCAAGCUCUCCAUGGCGUCAGGCGUAAUGCUAUGCCUGGAGAACUGGUACUACAGAAUACUCAUCCUGCUGACUGGAAAUCUCAAGAACGCGGCUAUUGCGGUGGAUGCUCUCUCCAUCUGCAUGACGAUUAACGGAUGGGAGAUGAUGAUUCCCUUGGCGUUCUUCGCGGGCACAGGAGUGCGGGUGGCGAACGAGCUCGGCGCCGGGAACGGGAAAGGCGCGCGGUUCGCGACGAUCGUGUCGUCGGUGACGUCCCUGGUGAUCGGGCUCUUCUUCUGGGUGCUGAUCAUGAGCCUCCACGACAAGUUCGCGCUCAUCUUCACCUCCAGCGCUGUCGUGCUGGACGCCGUCAACAACCUCGCCAUCCUGCUCGCCUUCACCAUCCUCCUCAACAGCAUCCAGCCCGUGCUCUCAGGUGUGGCUGUUGGGUCCGGCUGGCAAUCCAUGGUGGCCUACGUCAACAUCGGCAGCUACUACUUCAUCGGCAUACCCAUGGGUAUCCUUCUCGGCUGGCUCUUCAACCUUGGCGUGUUGGGAAUCUGGGCGGGAAUGAUCGGCGGAACUGCCGUCCAGACGCUAAUCCUGGCCAUCAUAACCAUUCGCUGCGAUUGGGACAAGGAGGCCAUGAUCGCGAGCACGCGCAUGGACAAGUGGUCGGAGGUCCGGUGAUCGACGGGGGAGCAAUUCCCGGGGCGUUCGUGCGGUGCAGCCGGGCUCAUCACCGGCUUCCCCCCAUGACCCGUGUGGUAGGACGAAGGGGGCUAUGGUGUUCAUACAUGGGAGAGGGGCUUCGCUCGAGUGGCUCGCGGCCUUUGUUGGUUUGUUGGUGCGGGCAAUUUUGUACUGUAAUGAUUUUUUAUUUUCCGGACUUCCGGCGUCUUUAAGUAGCUUAUUAUUGAUUGUUUGCAUCGGAGCAAAAGCUGUACAAGUGCGGCGAAUUGGACUGAAUGCUUGUGUAUAAAGGAAUGGGAACAGAAAAAAUUUAUUGGAAUGCAUGCCUGUGCAUAAAGAAAUGAGAACAAGAGGAAAAAGAAAAAGAAAUUUCGAUGUGAA